GCAAUUAUCUCGCACACCGCGAAUUAAACACAUCCACAAGCGUCCAGGUCGAAGCGGCUGUGUGUUGUUGUGUUGUGUGUGGUGUUGUGUUGUGUGUGGUGUUGUGUGUUGUUGGCGUUGCGAUUGACCGCUCACGUGCGUCGGAGGUUCCCUUGUGAAGAGAGAAACGCCAAUGGGCCCGCGACGGGAAGUUUGAGGAAAUUGUCAAGUUUAUGACCCAGCGACCAUGUCGUGGAAGAAGCUGCGGAGAACCGGCGUGCCCGCGGAUGUGUGCGAGCGACUAUCCAAGCACAACAUCCACACCUGCCAGGACUUCUUGUCACUGUCCUCGGUGGAACUGCUGCGCGUCACGGGCAAGAGCUAUGCCACGGUGCGGCAGCUCGCGAGGGUCGUGAGCCAGGCCUGCGCACCCCGCGUGAUCACCGCAUUGGAGAUGAGGGAUAGACCCAUGGCUGCAUUCUUUGCCACAUCCCUUGCUGCACUUGACAGGGAUUUACAAGGAGGCAUUCCCUGUGGCUCAAUCACUGAGGUCGCUGGCCCAUCCGGCUGUGGAAAAACGCAGUUCUGUAUGAUGCUGAGUGCUCUAGCUACAUUGCCAGCAUCCCUGGGUGGACUGGACGGGGGAGUCAUCUACAUCGACACGGAGUCGGCCUUCUCCGCAGAGAGGUUAGUGGAGAUUGCUCGAAGUCGUCACCCAGAGCAUUUCUGCACAGACGAGCACGUCAUUGCCAUGACCAACCGUGUGCACGUAUACAGAGAGCUCACUACACAGAGCGUCCUGAGCAGGCUGGAGAGUCUUGAAGAGGAGCUCAUAGCCAAGCGCGUACGUCUGUUGGUGCUGGACUCUGUUGCCUCGGUCCUUCGCAAGGAGAUCGACUUGCGGUUUCUUGCGGGGGUCGCUGAGCGAUCUGAACUCCUCUCCCAUCAGGCUGCCUUGCUCAAGUAUCUUGCAGAGGAGUUUUCUCUGCCGGUGGUGCUCACCAAUCAGAUUACAACGCGGUUCAAAGGUCGAUCUGGCUCUCAUGCAGUGAAUGAAGCUGGCGAGAAGGAGAUGUCUGGCGACGGCUAUGUGACUGCAGCCCUGGGCAACACGUGGAGUCACUGUGUGAACACUCGACUCAUCCUGCAAUACCUGGACACGCGGCGCAGGCAGAUUUUGAUAGCGAAAUCACCAUUGGCUUCCUUUUCUGGAUUUGUUUACUCCAUUCAAGGCUCGGGACUUGUGUUGGAAGAUGCUGCGGAUGCCCCAACGGAUGCUUUGGAAGGAACCGAUCCAGGUCUCCAGCCAAUAAGAGUUCGCACUUCACUGGACUGUUGCUUUGACAUCUGACUAGCUUGAGGGUGGGUCGUGAAAACAGCCCACGGUGCACCACUAGCCAACCGAACUUAGGCCAAACCUGGACAUAUUUACGUCGAAAGGACAAACUACUUGGAAGUCCAGAAUUCCCAAGUCGCUCUUCUUUACCAAACAAUUGUGGCUUCAACACAAGUCCGCUCUCAAACGGAGCAAGCCACACCCGUGUGUGUGUGUGAUCCUUUUACAUCAACACUCGGAACUCUGUGGUCAGGCACUUGCGCAGAAGUGCAUUUCGUACAGGAAGACGCUAAGAUUGUCCCGCAUGGUGAUGUAUCUCGUGAAGUUUAAAUGAAAAAAAAUUGGCACAUAAAGCCCCUAAAUUAGCAUUUUUUUUUCAACAAACACCACUGCUGGACCUCGUGAGAAGCUUUUGUGAAGAGCCUCGAGAACGGAGCCAGCGCCACUUGUUGUUACUUCUCGUGGCCGGCGGUUGUUUUAUUUUCUAGCCAGAGUUCAUGGUCUAGGAAAUUGUUUAUUUUUCCUUUUGCACUUUGUUUAUGGAAUGGUGGAACUCUAUUAAAGAAACAGCUAGGGCACAAUAACAUGUG